GGCCCGAGAGCCUGCGGGUCCCGGACACGCUGGGGCUCUGCAAUGGCACCCAGCGUGCGCUCCGGGACGGUGCCCAGGUCCCCGGCGCUCCUGCUGCGGCUCCUACUGCUGCUCCCGGCUGCUGCGCCCGCGGCGGCCAAGGGCCAGUGCUUCUGCCAGGGAGCCAAAGGGGACAAGGGGGAGAAAGGUUUUCCUGGACCCCCUGGUUCUCCUGGCCAGAAAGGAUUCCCAGGUCCUGAAGGCUUGCCCGGACCCCAGGGACUCAAGGGCUCUCCAGGACUUCCAGGACUCACUGGUCCCAAAGGUGUGAGGGGAGUAACUGGAUUACCAGGAUUUUCAGGUCCUCCUGGACUUCCAGGCACCCCGGGCAAUGCUGGGCCUUAUGGACUUGUUGGUGUACCAGGAUGCAAUGGUUCUAAGGGUGAGCAAGGCUUCCCAGGACUUCCAGGUACACCAGGCUACCCAGGGGUCCCGGGUGCUGCUGGCCUGAAAGGACAAAAGGGUGCUCCUGCUAAAGGAGAAGAUAUAGAACUUGGUGGAAAAGGGGACCCUGGGUUGCCAGGAAUGCCAGGAUUUCAGGGUUUCCCAGGCCCUGCAGGUUUUCCUGGGCCUAUUGGCCCACCUGGCCCUCCAGGAUUCUUUGGUCUUCCCGGAGUCACAGGACCUAGAGGACCUAAGGGUCACAUGGGUGAUAGUGUGAUAGGACAAAAAGGCGAUCAGGGUGUGAAAGGGUUAACAGGACCCCCAGGACCACCAGGAACAGUUAUUGUGACAUUGACGGGUCCAGCUAACAGAACGGACCUCAAGGGUGAGAAGGGAGACAAGGGAGCGAUGGGAGAAGCUGGACCUCCUGGACCCUCGGGACCACCUGGAGAAUCCUACGGCUCUGAGAAGGGUGCUCCUGGAGAACCUGGCUCACAGGGAAAACCUGGGAAGGAUGGAGCCCCUGGCUUCCCUGGCACUGAGGGAGCCAAGGGCAACAGGGGCUUCCCUGGGUUAACAGGAGAAGUUGGCAUUAAGGGAUGGAAAGGAGAUAUUGGCCCCCCAGGAUUUCGUGGUCCAACAGAAUAUUAUGACACAUACCAGCAAAAGGGAGAUGAAGGAAUUCCAGGCCCACCAGGCCCCAAAGGAGCUCGUGGCCCACAGGGUCCUGUUGGUCCCCCUGGAGCUCCUGGCAGUCCUGGACCAUCAAGGCCUGGCCCCAGAGGAGCUCCUGGAUGGCCGGGCUUGCAAGGAAGAAAAGGAGAGCGAGGACCCCCAGGGAAGGAUGCAGUGGGGCCUCCGGGGGCCCCAGGCUGUCCUGGUUCACCAGGCCUUUUAGGGCCACCAGGAUCUCCAGGACCACCAGGUGAUGUCGUUUUUCGCAUGGGUCCACCCGGGGACCGUGGGCUGCCAGGCCAUAUAGGGUUUCCAGGGAUUCCAGGACUUGAUGGGCCUAAAGGAGAACCAGGCCUGCUGUGCACACAGUGUCCGUGCACCCCCGGGGCCCCCGGCCUCCCAGGACGGCCUGGGUUAGAUGGUGUAAAAGGAAUCCCAGGAGGACAAGGUGCAGCUGGCCCAAAAGGAAGCCCAGGGUCGCCAGGAAGCACAGGCCCUCCAGGAUUUCCAGGAUUCCCAGGAACACAGGGUGAUCCAGGACUUAAAGGAGGAAAAGGUGAAACGCCUGAGCCCCAGGGGCAAGCAGGUGCCCCAGGGGAUCCGGGGCUCAGAGGGCCACCAGGGAGAAAGGGCUUGGCGGGGAUUCCAGGAACUCCAGGACUGAAAGGAUUACCAGGACCUAGAGGUGAACCGGCCCUGAGUGGUGAGAAGGGGGACCAGGGUCCUCCAGGGGAUCCUGGCUCCCCUGGGUCCCCAGGACCUGCAGGACCAGCUGGACCACCUGGCUAUGGACCUCAGGGAGAGCCUGGUCCAAAGGGCACCCAAGGAGUUCCUGGAGCCCCUGGACCACCUGGAGAAGCCGGUCCUAAGGGGGAACCCAGUGUUUCAACAGCAGUCCCAGGCCCUCCUGGACCUCCAGGGCCCCCUGGCCGUGCUGGCCCCCAAGGUCCACCUGGUGUCCCUGGACUGAAGGGCAGAUGUGCUGACCCUGGUCUUCCUGGACCUGAUGGUGAACCAGGGAUUCCAGGAAUUGGAUUUCCUGGGCCUCCUGGACCUAAAGGAGACCAAGGUUUUCCAGGGACAAAGGGUUCACCAGGGUGUCCUGGAGAAAUGGGAAAGCCAGGGAUACCUGGAAAGCCAGGCCUCCCAGGAGCCAAGGGAGAACCAGCUCUAGCCAUGCCUGGAGAACCAGGAAAACAAGGUUUUCCAGGAGAAAGAGGCAAUUCUGGGGAAUAUGGAGAAAUCGGACUCCCUGGACUUCCAGGUCGCCCUGGAAUUCCAGGAAAAGAAGGGCUUGAUGGACCACGAGGAGAUCCAGGGCAGCCUGGACCACCUGGAGAAACAGGAUUACCAGGAAGGUGCUUUCAGGGUCCCAGGGGAGCCCAGGGUCUUCCAGGCUUAAAUGGACUGAUGGGACAGCCAGGCAGAAGAGGCGAAACAGGCCCAAAAGGAGACCCAGGGAUUCCAGGCCUGGAUAGACCAGGAUUUCCUGGGGAACCAGGACCACCUGGAAUGCCAGGUCAUGGAGGUGAAGUGGGACCACCUGGUCCAAAAGGAUAUCCAGGGAAUCCAGGAUUCUCAGGGCCACCAGGUGAAAGGGGAAAGAUGGGGAUGAUGGGCUAUCCUGGAACCACAGGCCCUCCUGGGCUUCCUGGGAGCCCCGGCUACCCUGGGCGGAGGGGCAGCCUUGGAAUCCCAGGAGUAAAGGGCCAGAGAGGGCCCCCAGGAGACGAAGGGGAACGAGGGGACAGAGGAAAUCCUGGACCUGCACGAUUAAUUCAGGUUAAGGGGGACAAAGGAGAACCGGGGCCUAAAGGACUUGCAGGAAAUCCAGGAGAGAAAGGAAGCAGAGGCAUCCCAGGGUUACCAGGUCUAAAAGGUCUUGAAGGGCCCCCUGGACCACCAGGACCACCAGGUCCCAAAGGAGAUCUGGGAAUCAUUGGGAGUCCUGGGGAGCCAGGGCCACGUGGUGAGCCAGGAACCAUGGGGCACAUGGGCGUGCCAGGUUCUAAAGGAAAAAGGGGGACUUUUGGACUCCCAGGUCUGGCUGGAACACCAGGCCUGCCAGGUAUUAGCGGUCUUCAAGGAGAUAAGGGAGAGCCAGGUUAUGCAGAAGGGACAAGGCCAGGACCACCAGGACCAAAGGGGGAUCCAGGACUGCCAGGAGAUGUGGGAAAGAAAGGAGAAAGAGGGCCACCUGGCCCACCCGGACAUUCAGGGCCUGCUGGACCUGCAGGAGUCCCCGGGAGUCCCGGAAGCCCUGGCCUUCCAGGAAUGCCGGGUCCUGAUGGUGAGAUGGGGUCUAAAGGAAUCAAAGGCUUCCCUGGACACCCAGGAAUAAAAGGCCCUCCAGGCCUUCCAGGAUUCCCAGGAUCUCCUGGGCCAGUGGGUAUGAGAGGCAACCAAGGGCAUGAUGGAAUUCCUGGUCCACCUGGAGAAAAAGGAGAAACAGGUUUGCUGGGAGCCCAUCCAGGCCCAAGAGGACACCCUGGUGCUAAAGGGGCCAAAGGAGACAGGGGAGCUCCCGGCUUGCCCGGCCCGCCUGGCAGGAAAGGGUCCAUGGGAGAUGCAGGGCCUCAAGGACCCACAGGCACAGCAGGACUCCCAGGGCCACCAGGCCUGCCUGGCGCAAUCAUCCCUGGCCAGAAAGGAAAUCAAGGCCCACCCGGCUCAAGGGGAAACCCAGGUGAACCUGGUCCCCCAGGACCUCCAGGGAGUCAGGUAACAGGCAUAAAAGGAGACAAAGGAUUUGUGGGCCACCCUGGUCCAAAAGGUCCACCUGGAACUAUAGGAGAUAUGGGACCGCCAGGUCAUCCGGGAGCGCCUGGUGCCCCUGGACUUCCAGGGCUCAGAGGUGAUCCUGGCUUCAGAGGAUUUCCAGGCAUGAGAGGAGAGAAAGGUAAUCCAGGAUCCCCAGGACCAACUGGACCACCAGGGCCAACUGGGCCAAAAGGACCACCUGGUGUACGUGGAGACCCUGGCACACUUCAGAUCAUCUCCCUCCCAGGAAGUCCGGGGCCACCUGGCCCACCUGGAGAACCAGGGAUGCAAGGAGAACCUGGCCCACCAGGGCCACCAGGAAGCCCAGGACCUUGUGGGCCCAAAGGGAAACCUGGCAAGGAUGGGAAACCAGGAGUUCCUGGACCAGCUGGAGAAAAAGGCAACAAAGGUUCUAAAGGAGAGCAAGGACCACCUGGGUCAGAAGGCUUGCCAGGUAUGAAGGGAAAGCCUGGAGACACAGGGCCACCUGCACCUGGAACAACAAUGAGAGGUUUUGUCUUCACCCGACACAGUCAAACAACAGCCAUUCCUUCGUGUCCAGAAGGGACAGAGCCCCUCUACAGUGGGUUUUCUCUUCUUUUUGUACAAGGAAAUGAACAAGCCCAUGGACAAGACCUUGGAACUCUUGGCAGCUGCCUGCAGAGAUUUACCACAAUGCCUUUCUUAUUCUGUAACAUCAAUGAUGUCUGUAAUUUUGCAUCUCGAAACGAUUAUUCAUACUGGCUGUCAACACCAGCUCUGAUGCCAAUGGACAUGGCUCCAAUUACUGGCAAGGCCCUCGAGCCUUACAUUAGCAGGUGCACCGUCUGUGAGGGUCCUGCGAUUGCCAUUGCCAUUCACAGUCAAAGCACUGAUGUUCCCCCCUGUCCCCAGGGCUGGAUUUCUCUCUGGAAAGGAUUUUCUUUCAUCAUGUUCACAAGUGCAGGUUCGGAGGGCGCUGGGCAAGCACUGGCAUCCCCUGGCUCCUGCCUGGAAGAAUUCCGAGCCAAUCCGUUUAUAGAAUGUCAUGGAAGAGGAACGUGCAACUACUAUUCAAAUUCCUACAGUUUCUGGCUGGCUUCAUUAAACCCACAAAGAAUGUUCAGAAAACCUAUUCCAUCUACUGUGAAAGCUGGGGAGUUAGAAAAAAUAAUAAGUCGCUGUCAGGUGUGCAUGAAGAAAAGGCACUGAAGAACUCAAGAAAAUGGAUCUGCUACUUUUCAUCCUAAGUAACAAAGUAAUGACUCAGACCAGGCAUUUACUUAGGCAUUUUACUCUAACCAAACAAUACUGCUGUAUGACAAUUUCCAUUUGUUUCCCCAUUCAACAAAGCAUUUCUUUUAAGGUAGUUAUGUGAUCUUGGUCUCUAAAUUUGUGCUAUUCCAAUGUUCCCCGUGGCAAAGCAAGAACUUUCUACAAAACAGCCUGAAAGUAUAUUCCACUCAUAUCCAAGGCACUGUCUAAAUAGCAUAUGUCUAAAAACUGGAUGUUUGAAGUUGAGAUAUUUGGCCCACUGGAUUCCCAACAUUUGUUCUCUUCUCUUCCAGUCUUUGAGACUCAGUGAGGCUAAAUCAGUCACACACUGCUCCAUCUCUGCCUUCCUGGACCUUUAAAUGUGCACAGAGAAGGAGAUGGGGGCAUGGGGAGUACUGUGGCAUCAUGACUGGAGCUGAACUUUCAGACCUGUUGGGUACCGUGAGGCCUGAGGGAACACAGAAUUGAAUUGAGGUCCAUACAUUUUCCCAGUCUCAAAUAUACCCAAGACAAGGGCAAAAGGGGGUUCCUUGUAUGGAACCACAAUAGCCUUGGAAAUACUAUGUUUUUUUAUUAUGUAUCUCUUUGAAGAUUUUUGUUGUUCAGUGGGUUCACUUCAUACAGUCUGCUUGUAUUCAAAGCAGAUGAAAAUGUUUAGCCCUAAGGAAUUAAUUUUAAUCAAUUUUUAUUACAAAUGUACUCCAAAAUUCACCUAUCUUUUCUCUUUUUGAGUACACCCAUACAAAUAACAAGGGCACUACUUACUAGAUGUGCACUUUAUCUCCAUCCCUAUAAAUGUUACUGUACCCCUUAUAUAAUUGACUACAGUAGUUCAAUAAUCCAUGAAUGAAUGUGCAAUAUGUUGGUUUAUCAGAUUCAGAAUAUUUUUUCUCAACUCUAAAUAUUUCAUUACUCUGGAUUUUAAAGAUUUAUUCCUUUGUUAGGGAUAAAAACUAGUGCUCUAAUGCUUCCUUUGUAAAAAAAAAGUUUUCAUAUAUAUAUAUAUAUAUAUACAUAUAUAUAUAUAUAUAUAUUCACAAAUCACAUUGAAAGAGUCCACAGUGUAAAAGUCUUAAUGUGCAAAUUUUAUAAAUUGGUAGCUGUAUGUCUUAAAACUUGCUUUUCAGUGUCUGCAUACAUUCCUAAGGCUACUUAAUUCAACUUACACAUUUUAUUCAGAAUCAACCCAAGUCCCAAGCAUUAUAGUAAAUUACAGAGACACUAAGAGGAAAAAAGAGAGAGACUUGUUUCUCAUCUAGUAUCUGAGAAAAGAUCACACUGCUUCUGUUAAGAAUUCCACAAGUUUAAGCUGCUCUACCUCUCCCCUUCUCUCUUUUUCCCUGUAAUUAUAUUUUGUCAGAUAAUUCAGCAGAUCUGAUUACAGGCUUAAAAAUACGAUCAAUGCCCAGGGAAAGCCCAGGACAAAUAAUAUCUCCUCAGGCAGAAACUACAGUAUGAAUGAUACUAGGAAAGAUCUCCAAAAACAUUAAAAACCACUUAUACUUGAUAGUAGCACUAUGUAAUGAGUUAUACAUCAGGCAUCUUGAAACAGAGCUUUGAAGAUGCUUCUGCAUCCACUCAGGUGGACUUGGUGGUGCUGAUAUUUAAUUCAGGCUACUGUUUCAACCUCAGUUGCUUUGUAAGUGAAAACGUGGCCCCAGAGGAGAGUAACGACUGUGGCCAUGAUUCACAUCUUCCAUUGCUUAUGUGACUGCUGCCAAAACAUUUCAACAUCUAAACAAGGGUGUGUCGCAUUUUAUUUAGAUUAUGUGCUUACAUUCUCCUAAUAUUGAGAUUUUUCUGCUGAAACGGCAUCCUACUGAUCCAUAGGACUGUUCCAGUAGACUGCACCAUAGAGAGCUAGCAGAGCUCCAAAAACACUCAUAGACAAGUAGAUCUCAAAGUGUGUCCCUGGACCAGCAGCGUUAGCAGCAUCUGGGAACUGGGCACAAGUGCCAAUCCCAGGGCCUACUGCAGGCCUACAGAAUCAGAAACUUUGGGGAAAGGGCCCAGAAACUUGUGCUGAAACAGGCCCUCCAAAUGAUUCUGAUGCACUAUGAAGAGUAAGAAAAAUUGCUGUAGGCAAACACUCAAGAAACCAGCUAUAUUUGCUCCAUUCUUGAUUUUUUUAAAGUCAGAGUUACAGAUGACUAAUUUUUACCACGAAGUUAAAGCCCUAGGUUGGUGCUAAUGCCAGAUGACUGGCCUCUGCUCAUCCCCAAGCCUUCGUGUCUUUUGGCCCUCUUUAUCAGUAUUUAACUUCCAAGGAAGGCAGUGAUACUAAAACCUUAAAUUCCAGUGAAGCCAUAUAAAUAGUUGUGCAGUCACCCUUCUAAGACUGAACAUUAAAACAUAGCUCAUUUGCAUUUCUUUCCAGAUACUUAUGAGUAGUUCACAAAGUUAGGAAGAUUUAACUUCAUAGAUAAAAUAAUUCUUUUAUUUUAAAUCUGGGGCUUCAACUUUGAAAUUUCACAGUGUGCUAAAAUAACCAAUUCCUCAGAGGUCUAUCUUUCAGCAAAAUAAACAUUAUUAAGUAACUUAUUUAUGAAAAUAUUAAAGUAAAGCUUAAAAUUGAAUUUUAUUGUUAAUUUACAAAGAUUUUUCUAUGUAUCAAAUGUAACUUACUAAGUUUAAUUUAAUAUUACUCUAUAACCAAGUGAAAUAUAUUUAAAAUAUUGAAUAUUUUAUAUUAUCAUCUGACAAAAUUACAACAUUGUAAUGUACUAAUAUGUCUGUAAUUAUAGUUAAGAUUAUUUUAUUGCAUUAUCUAAGAAUAAAACUGAAAAAAUGUA